GAGGAGGAGGAGGAGGAAGAAGAAGAGGAGGAGGAGGAGGAAGAAGAAAUAGAGGCCACUGAGCCUCCCACCAAUCAAACAGAAACACACAGCAGCUUCACAGAGUCGGUGACUCCGAGUCCGCUCGGCGAGUGUCAGGCCACUGACACCGAAAUCAGCUGCAGGGGCCUCGGCAUGACUCACCUGCCAAUCAUCCACAGCCUGGAGGCCGCAAAGCUGGACAUGGCAGAGAACGACAUCAGAGGCCUCGAGCCACAAGCUUUCUAUGGCCUGCCGAACAUGGACACGCUGGACCUGAGCAAAAACCAACUGGACGACGAGUCGUUCAGUCAGAAUCCUCUGUCUAACUUGACCUUUCUGAAGAAACUCAACCUAGAUGGCAACCAGCUCACCAGGAUCCCGGCACUGCCGGCGUCUCUCACGGAGCUCAAGAUCAACGACAACAAGCUUAGCACACUCUCCCCUUCCUGUUUCAAAGGUCUGACGAACCUGUUGAAUCUGGAGCUGAGGGAGAACAUUCUUCACGAGGACAGUGUGUCUCCGCUGGCCUUCAGACCUCUAAAGGGGCUUCUGAUCCUCCGGUUGGACAACAACCGCUUCCGUUCCCUCCCUCUGGGCCUCCCUCACUCUCUGCAGGAGUUGUCAAUGAAUGAAAAUCAGAUUGAGCAAUUGCCAGAGGAGCCACUGAGGGGCUGUGUCCAUUUGAAAGUGCUGGACCUGAGUCACAACCUGCUGCAUGAGCAAGACAUCGGUCACCCAGACUGGACACGUCUAAAGUCCCUGGAAGCCUUGGACCUGUCCUACAACCAGUUUGCCUCGGUCCCAAUGAACCUGCCGCGUCCUCUCCAGAAACUGAACCUCCAGAACAACAGCAUCAGGCACAUCAACGCCUUCACCUUCCGUCACCUGCGGCCCGGCCUACAGUCACUUCGUUUAUCCCACAAUGCCUUGAGCAACGAGGGUUUAGAGCGAGCAUCUUUCGUUGGAACAUACCGCUCCCUGGGUGAGCUCCUAUUGGACAACAAUCAUCUGGGGGAGGUCCCUCGCUACGUUCGACAGUUUAAGAACCUGCAGGUGCUUAGACUGGACAACAACCAGAUCAGGCUGGUGAGGCAGUGGGGCGUGUGCCAUCCUCGUAACUCUGGCUCUACCUUGGCUUCGGUCCACUUGGAAAAUAAUCCGCUGGAAAUGGAGAAGAUUCCCCCAAAUGCCUUCUCCUGUCUCAUUCAUGCCAAGGGACUGGUCCUCUAGCCGCAGCAGGGGGACACAUCUGACCCAUAUGGACCAUACAGAUACACAAACAAAAAUAAACGUGCAUCACAAUGACAUACUGCUGCUCCUGGGCUUUUUCUAUAUACUCCUUUUGCCUUUACUGCUCUUCUCAUAUGUGCAUCAUUAUAAUCAUCUCCUUCCCCAAAUCAGGCCAGAUUUGCAAAAAAAAACCAUGUAGUUUGCUUAGUCAGCCAGAGCUUUCAUUUUACCAUCGCCAAACCCAUCUUUUUCUUUCACAUCUCAUCUAUGAUCAGGAAAAUGACUGUGAUGUUUUGGUACGCAA